AUGGCAGACGCCGACGAGAAAGCAAAGGCAGAGAAGCUUGCAGCCGCUAGGAAAAGGGUGGCGCAACUGCAAAAGCAAAAAGCCAAAAAGGCCGGAAAGAAAGAGAAAGCUGGAGAGCCGAGUAAAGAGCCUGCCCCCGCGGAAUCCGCUUCCACGCCGGGAGUAGAUGAUUCAGCGCCAAUAACCCCAGAAAAGGCGCCGGACGCGGAGCAGAAAGAUGAAGAAGCAGAAGAGCCACAAGAAGAACCCAAAGAGUCUUUCCCAGAGGUUCCAACAGAAAGUACAGAGCCCGAAGCUCCAAGGGAAGAGGGGGAUGGUGACAAUGACGACAAUGUUGCUCCCUUGAAAUCCCGCCAUGGUCGCCAGCCCUCUUUAUCCAUUCAAUCCAAAAUGCGGUCGUCUUCGUUCCGGAAUUCGUCGAUUUCACAAGCCGGACUAACACCUACGGGUUCCGGAGUCAAAUCACCGUCCCUACCGCCCUUGAGUCCGGAUGGAAACACUGCUCCGGAGCUGUUUAGGAAGCAGGCCAUGAGGCUGGAAGAGUUGGAAAAGGAAAAUAAGCGGUUGGAACGGGAUUUGGAGACAGCAGAUGCGAGAUGGAAGAAAUCAGAGGAGCAACUAGAAGAUUUGCGCGAGGCCAAUAGUGACACGGUAGAGCUUAGGGAGAAGCUUGUGGCAGCAGAGAAGAAAGCAGAAGAAGUUGAAAAAUUAACAGCAGAGAUUACAUCGUUACAGCGUCAGAAUUCUCACCUUCAGUCUAAAUCACAACGAUCAUCGAAUAGUGUUGCUGUGUCUGGGAAACCAGAUUCCCCGACCUCCGCUCUUCAGAGCGAACUGGAUUCCAAAUCGGCUACCAUUGAAGCUAUGGAAUUGGAAAUCUCAAAUCUACGCGCUCAAUUGACUUCACAAGCAGAAACCGCAUCCACUGUCGAGGCACAAUUAUCCGCGCUCAAAGAAGAGUUGUCUUCCACGAAAUCAGCCUUAGUAAACGAGGAGAAGGAACAUGCGAAUACAAAGAACACGAUGAAUCGCAUGAUUGAAAAGUCAAUGAACGAAGGCGUGACCCAGGCCUCUACCCAAACAUUAAUCAACAAUUUGAAAGAUGAACUAGAGCAGAUGAAGAAUGCGAAGACGGAAGUUGAAGCCAAGAGGGCAACCUUGGAGAAGAAGCUCGAAGCUCUUGGAAGCUUGUCACUAUCGAAAAUGAAAAACCUGCGCCUUCGAGAAGAACGCGAGAGAACACGGAAGCGUGAAGUAACGAGCACGGGGGAUGAUGAAGCACUAGAUGAGCUUGAAGACGAAGAACGCGCUCGUUUGGAGAAAACUAUUCGCGAUCUUGAAGGAGAGAACUUUGACCUUCGGCGUGGCAUCUGGAAAGACCGGAAACGUGAGCUCACUACUGCCCACGGAAGCGAUGGGGAUGCUACCGAAAGUCUAUCCAAUCCUGGCGGGUCUUUUGAUGAUGUCGAUCUAAUCGGUGGCUUGCCCAGCGGGUCUGAGCACUCCCGCCGUCGAAGCAUUGCAGCGAACAAACCACGGCAGCACUCCUCUUUUACAACCGUUCUAUCAAGUGGUCUUGCUGCGUUUACUGGGAGUGGCACAUCUUAUCCACACCGUCCGGGCUCCAGUGGCAUGCGCAGGAGCCUUGAGCUACUGUCUGAAAAGGAUGGCGGAGAGUUGUUAGACGAUGAUGGCAUGUUUGAUGAGGAUGCCUUUGCCAGAGCGCAGGAGGAAGAAGAGAAUAGGAAGCGGAAAGAAUGGGAGCGUGACGUGAAGGGCAAACUGAAAAACUGGAAUGGAUGGAGGCUUGAUUUGGUUGAGUGCCGAUACGGCGCGCAGGGUGCAGGGGUAGGGCUCGGCGAGAUAUUUGAGAUUUAG